CAGAUUUGUGACUUUGGCUUGGCGCGUAUUGCAGAUCCCAAUUGCGAUCAGUCGGGAAUUUUGACCGAGUAUGUGGCUACUCGGUGGUAUCGAGCACCGGAAAUUAUGCUCACCUCAAAAAUAUACACGAAAGCCAUCGACCUCUGGUCCAUCGGUUGCAUUUUGGCAGAAAUGCUCAGUAAUCGGGUCCUAUUUCCAGGAAAACACUAUAUCGAUCAGCUGAACUUAAUUCUGGAAGUUCUUGGAUCCCCGUGCAAAGGUGACUUGGAAUCGAUCAGCAACUACAAGGCGCGAGCCUACCUUGAGCAGUUACCUUUCAAACCGAAAGUUCCCUGGUCUCAGCUCUAUCCGUACGCCAGUCCAAAAGCCCUCGAUCUCUUGGACAAACUCCUCUGUUUCGUACCCUCUCGGCGAAUCAAAGUUGAAGAUGCCCUUGCCCACCCUUAUUUGGAGCAAUACUAUGACCCAACAGAUGAGCCCGUCGCACAGUACCCCUUCACUCACGAAUCAGACAAUUUGCCAAAGGAGAAACUCAAGCUAUUGAUAUGGGACGAAAUACAACAGUUCAAGGUCAACCCGGAUCGAAAAACGGCUCCGUCGAACAGUGCUCCUCAACCUAGCUAACACUUAUCCAGGUGCUGAUACAAUUAAUUUUCCACAGGAACCCUUCCGAACCAUCGGUCCGUUAAGGGGUUGCACGUUCCACGCACGCAGCAACUGGAUUUAUGUGCUGGUUGCCCUUAUUUCGUACCAUUCUUUAUCUCCGGUUGGUGAGAGAUCGCCUGACUCGCCUAUAGAUUGCCGACAGCUUUCGCUUCCCCUCCUUCCGUCUUUCUCCCGGCUUCCGCACUCCGCCCAACCCCCUACCCCGAUCCCUCCCUACCCCCUUACAUUCUCUGUCAACAGACUUGCCGUCAGUUCGGUUCAUCUGCGCUGUGAAUUAUUCAGUUAGUUCGUGGCUGUCAUGACACCUCACCGUUUCACUCCUCCUGUUGUAAUUUAUAUUUUGUUUACACUCGUGGACUUCUUUGUGCGCCCCUUCCAUGCAUUUAAUCCCCCCUCCCCGUCCCAAAAAUAAUUCCUUCUCGUGAUCGUAUUUUUACUUUUUGUCAUUUUAAACAUUUCCUUCAAAUCGAUGUAAAUGUUCCCUCAUGUGGCGCUACCUAUUGACCACCCUAAUGAUUGUUUUGGUUCGUUCUCCAUUCAAUUUUUGAGCGAUAAAGCCUAACUCAUCCAAAGACACAAUCGAAAUGGUAGUUUCUCAAAUUCUGGUGGUAAGGAUUCGCUUCCGUCUGAACUAGAAGAGAACUUGGACUCGGAAGAAGGAGUGAGAAGUGUUCUUUAGGCUUUCUACCAUUUGGAUUCUCACCGUUAAAUUAUCCAAUUCCAAUGAAUUUUAAUAAAUAUCACAAUAUGCUGCC